CGGACCCUCCAGCCGCCAAGCGUCCAUCCAGCCAGACUCCUGCAAGCAGCCGGGUCGCCAGCCUCCACCAGCCCGGCCAGCGCCCACACCCAUGGAGCCGCGGCCGCUCCUCCUGCUCCUCGGCCUCUGCUCAGCUGGCCUGGUCCUGGGCUCUGAGCACGAGACCCGUCUGGUGGCAAAGCUGUUUGAACAAUAUAACAGGGCGGUGCGGCCAGUGGAGGACCACCGCCAGGCCGUGGAGGUCACCGUGGGCCUGCAGCUGAUACAGCUCAUCAACGUGGAUGAAGUAAAUCAGAUCGUGACAACCAAUGUUCGGCUCAAACAGCAAUGGGUGGAUUCCAACCUAAAAUGGAAUCCAGACGACUAUGGCGGCGUGAAAAAGAUUCACAUUCCCUCCGAAAAGAUCUGGCGCCCAGACUUGGUUCUCUAUAACAAUGCAGAUGGUGACUUUGCCAUCGUCAAGUUCACCAAAGUGCUCCUGGACUACACUGGCCACAUCACGUGGACACCUCCAGCCAUCUUCAAAAGCUACUGUGAGAUCAUCGUCACCCACUUUCCCUUUGAUGAGCAGAACUGCAGCAUGAAGCUGGGCACCUGGACCUACGAUGGCUCCGUGGUGGCCAUCAACCCGGAAAGCGACAAGCCAGACCUGAGCAACUUCAUGGAGAGUGGGGAGUGGGUGAUCAAGGAGUCCCGGGGCUGGAAGCACUGGGUGUUCUACGCCUGCUGCCCCUCCACCCCCUACCUGGACAUCACCUACCACUUCGUCAUGCAGCGCCUGCCCCUCUACUUCAUCGUCAACGUCAUCAUUCCCUGCCUGCUCUUCUCCUUCCUGACCGGCCUGGUGUUCUACCUGCCCACAGACUCAGGAGAGAAGAUGACCCUGAGCAUCUCUGUGCUGCUGUCGCUCACCGUGUUCCUGCUGGUCAUCGUGGAGCUGAUCCCCUCCACCUCCAGCGCGGUGCCCUUGAUUGGGAAAUACAUGCUCUUCACCAUGGUGUUCGUCAUCGCGUCCAUCAUCAUCACUGUCAUCGUCAUCAACACGCACCACCGCUCCCCCAGCACCCAUGUCAUGCCCGACUGGGUGCGGAAGGUUUUUAUCGACACCAUCCCAAAUAUCAUGUUCUUCUCCACAAUGAAAAGGCCAUCCAGAGAAAAACAAGACAAGAAGAUUUUCAGCGAAGACAUUGACAUUUCGGACAUUUCUGGGAAGCCGGGGCCUCCGCCCAUGGCCUUCCACUCUCCCCUGAUCAAGCACCCCGAGGUGAAAAGUGCCAUCGAGGGCGUCAAGUACAUCGCAGAGACCAUGAAGUCAGACCAAGAGUCCAAUAACGCGGCUGAGGAAUGGAAGUAUGUCGCAAUGGUGAUGGACCACAUUCUCCUUGGAGUCUUCAUGCUUGUCUGUAUAAUCGGAACCCUGGCUGUGUUUGCAGGUCGGCUCAUUGAAUUAAAUCAGCAAGGAUGAGCAGAAAGCUGAGCUGAGCCUAGCUCCGCCCCAGCACCGGGCAGAGCAGAGAAAGGUGGGCAAAACAGGAAGACUUGUCCACCUGGAUAUAAGCUCACUUAUCAAACGUUUAAUUUUCUAUAUGUGUGAUGAACAAGAAUAAUUUACAUUUACAAGGUUAUGGCCUCCAAGUGUUUUCACCUUGCUUCUCCCUUCAAUCUCUGUCAGCCUGGAAAGGGAACCCCUUUCAGGAAAUCACACUGGAUCGCGACAGUAAGUUUCCACCCCCAAUGGUGUCUGGGAGAGUUUUGCCCAAAAUAGCUGAGGUUUUCUGUUGGUUUGUUUUUCUAUUUUUAUUGACUUAAGCAAAGAAUGUAUCCUUGGCUUAAAAGCCAGUUUUGUGCCUCCUGGGAAAGCCCCACCUACCAGUCCCAGAAAGGUAAAGAAAGCACUGGCUCUGGAGAGACAGGAGGCGGUAGAAAGGCUGCCACAAUGCAAACGGCAUCAAGACCCCUGUGAUAAGGUCCGUGUCUACAACUGGUGGGUGAGGACAGCGUUUCCCCGUCUAAGGCAGCACCUGAGUUUGACGCUCAGGGUUUGAGGGAACACAGGUCCUGACCUGUAGUGAGUGGAUGGGCCAGGCACGAGGGAAUCACAGACAAGAUUCAUUUCAUCCUCAUGACUUUCAUACAGAUGAGGAAACUGAACCUGAGGGAGGUUAAGUUCAUUGCCUAAACUAUCAAAGAGAAGAACUGGGAUUCAAACCCCGACCAGCUCUGGGUUGAAGCAGCUCCAGGCUGGUCAGUUCAUCUGUUCCUUGCCCUCCCGGCCACCCCUGGCUCGAUCUUGGCCAUUCUGUCACUCUGGUCAGUAUCUCGAGUGCUUCAGUGUCGGUGUCCACCAUCUUUCUGCCUUCCCAAUGAAACUUCCUGCCUUUCUUCCUACCCCCGAUCCCAUGGAGAAUAUUCUUUAGCAACCUCCUAGCCACGGUGUCAUUCACGCAGGACUAGAAAACGUGCAGCUUUGGCCUUGGGUCACCAGGACACAUCUGCCCACAUCAGUCCCGGGGAAGAGCAGGGACCUGCACUGCUGGGGUCCUGACUGAACCCGGCUGGUCUGUCUACUUCUCCGUGGGGGCCCCUCUCACACACCCAUGGCAGGACUGAGUGCCUUCAUUUUUGAGUAAACUAAAGAGAGAACAGUUUGGUGGCUCCUCAAAAAACUAAACACAGAAUUAUCAUAUGACCCAGCGAUUCCACUCCCAAAAGAAUUGAGAGCAGGGACUUGAACAGAUACUUGUGUGCCAAGUGUUCAUGCAGCAUUAUUCACAACAGCCAAAAGGUGGCAACAACCUCAGUGUCCAUCAGUGGAUAAGCCAAAGGUAAUCCAUACAUGCAAUGGAAUAGUAUUCAGCCUUAAAGAGCAAUACAAUUCUGACACAUGUUAUAAUAUGGAUCAACCACGAAAACAUACUAAACAAAAUGCACACCAGGCACAAAAGGACAAAUAUUGUAUGAUUCCACAUACAUGAGGUACCUAGAGUAGGCAAAUUCAUUGAGAUAGAAAGUAGGAGAGUGGUUCCCAGGGUUAGAGGAAGGGGCAAGUUACUGCUUAAUGGAUAGAGUUUCGGUUUGGGAUGAUGAAAAAGUUCUGGAAAUGGACAGUGGUGAGGGUUGCACAACCUCACGAAUGUACUUAAUGCCACUGAGUUGUAUACUGAAAGACGCCUAAAGUGAUACAUGUUGUGAUAUGAAUAUUUUACCGCAAUAAAAAGUGUUGUUGUUGUUGUUGUUUAAAU